AUGCCAAGUCGAGACCCGCGAAACUACGUCAAAUCUGUGCCUCUUCCUAUUGCCGACCAGAAAGGCCUGAAACUACAGGCUCGCAGUGCUAAUGUGUACAACCCCAUAACUCCGACCAGGGAAGAGGUGAGAAAGUGGAACUAUGACCGUCGUCUGCAGCAGAUGACCGAACAAGGAUUUAACGCUUGUAGUUAUAAACCUUACAAGGGACUAGGGGACCCCUUCUAUCUGGAGAACAGGACGCUGAUUUUACAUUCUUUAGGACAAUGGGAGGUGAAUGAUUUGAAGCCAUCAAGCAGCUCUGAAGAUGAAGAAGAUGCAGACGCCUCUGCUGCAGUUGAACCAAGGACAUCCUUGGCAGCUGCAAAAUUUGUUUUAAAGAGGACAAGAAAGGAUCUGAAUACUUUGAGCAGGGAAGUUGUCAAAGGGAGACAUCUGAUACGUAAUGUCAGUCUGGGCCAUGGACUUUUUGAUCUCAUCAGGCAAGAAAGACAGUCCAAGAGAGCUGCAUUGUUUGCUGAAAAGCAAAAAAGUCUGGAAGAAGCCAGGAACCAGUGGCAACCUCCAAAAUUGAGUUCAGAUGAAGAAGAGUCAGGUGAUGACCUAGAAAG